AUGUCCAUUCCUACAACCCAGAAAGUAGUCCUUUUCGAUAAGAUUGGCGAUGGCUACGAUAACAUCAAGUACACUGACGCGGAGGUCCCAGCCGUGGGUCCCCAUGACCUCUUGAUCAAGAACCACUUCACAGGGGUCAAUUUCAUCGAAGCCUACUUCAGAAAGGGUUACUACCCAUCAGAACAACCAUACAUCUUUGGUAGAGAGGCUAGUGGUGAGAUCGUGGCAGUCGGUGCCGAGGUGUCUAAGUACCAGGUUGGUGACAAGGUGGCGUAUCUUUCGGGAGAGACAUUUGCCCAGUAUACCAAGGUGGCCGACUCGUCGGUCAGAAUUGCCAAGCUCGACUCCAACCUUACCCACGACCAGUUAAAGCUCUAUGGUGCCAUUCUCACCCAAGGUUUGACGGCAUUGACCUUCACGGAAGAGACCCACAACGUCCAGAAGGGCGAGUUCGUGUUGGUGUGGGCAGCCUCCGGAGGAGUGGGAAGGUUGAUCGUUCAAUUGGCCAAGAACAAGGGCGGCCGUGUCAUUGCCAUUGCCUCCACUGAUGAGAAGUUGAAGAUCGCCUCGUCGUUGGGAGCUGAGUUCGUCAUCAACUCCACCUCCGAAGAUAUUGUUGCACGCGUCAAGGAGAUCACCAAUGGCCAGGGUGUUGCCGUGUCGUUUGACUCUGUUGGAAAAGACUCGUUUGAGAUUUCGUUGGAAGCCUUGGCCCGUAAGGGCUCUUUGGUCAGCUACGGUAACUCCUCGGGGUUGGUACCUCCAGUGACCAUCUCCCGGUUGAGUGCCAAGAACAUCAAGCUCACCAGACCCCAGGUGACCCCCUAUGUCACUACUCAAGAAGAAUGGGACCACUACACCGGUGUUCUUUUCAAGGAGAUCGAAUCGGGACGGUUGGACUUCGAUAUUUCCAAGACGUACCAGUUGAAGGACUACGCUGAAGCUGCUAAGGCCCUUGAGUCCCGUCAAACUACAGGGAAGUUGGUUUUGGAAAUUCCUCAAUAA